CAGAAAUUAUUAAAUGAGGCUAAAUAUUUCGUGUGUCCUCAUCUUAUCGCGCUACGUGAAAUUUAUAUUGUGUUUUUUAUUACAGUGUUUAUUAUAGUACCAGACGGCGCCAACAGUAGUAUAAUACGGUCAUAUUAUCUCAGAAAUUGAAAGUCAUGGCAAAAUAUUAGAAUCAAGAAUAUAGUUAUAGUUAGCUAUAUUAUAAGUUUAAGUUAAAUAUAAGUUUUGACAUAUUAAUUCCAAAACUUUUCACCGAUUUUUGUAACGGUCCCUGUUGAGAUCCCAAGCAUUUUUUUUUUUUGGAGUUAAAAAGAGCUUUCGCUUAUAAAGAAAAUUUUGUUUGAGUGAUAGUGACGUGAGAAAUACAGUAAUAAUACUUUCUCUAAUUUAGAAUAACAUUUUUUUUAUUGUUCUAUUAUAAAAAUGUUGUUUUGUAUAAAUGCGGAAUGUUGUUAAAUACAGGAAAUUUAUUAAAGUAUACUACACAGACAACAAAGCGUUUUACGACGAUCAAACUCCGCCCUUUGCGAAAACGCCGCCUUCGACAUGCGCCGGAGGGUCGUUCGCGGUUGCACCAUUUCUUACUUUUAAUCACGCGUUUAAUCUGUCUGAAGUGGUAACACGUUACGCAUAUAAAGAAUCGUAUAAGAAUUGACGCGUUAAACUCAUUCAUUUAUCGUAAAAUCAGUUAUUCAUCCAAUCUGACAAAUCGUCAUAAUAAUAAGUAAUAAUAAGUUGUCGUAAUGUCCAGUAAGUGUAAAACAUUGAGAUAUAAAGUUGCUAUAGAGACUAAAUUAUAACGAAACAUAUCAAAAACCAGAUACAUACCAAAGAGGAUAAUAAGAUAAUAAAUAAAUUUUAACAUGACAGUUUUAUUUGUUAGAAACAACAUGUAUCUUUUUAUUAUGUAUAGUGAAACAUUCCUCAUCGCAUUAUCAAUGUGGUAUGACAAAUUUUUAUAAAAUCGCGAUGUAUAUAUUUCUUAUAAACAUAUUGUAUUUAAAUAAAAUUGUAAUAAACAUAAAGAUGUUUCUUAAUUGCACACAUUUAAAAAGAUGCUAUAAUCUAAUAUUAUAUAAUUUUAAUGUAAUCGAUUGAUCAAAAUAUGUUAAUAGUGUGGAACGUAACACAAAAUGCACCCUUGGACUUAAGUAGACAUGGAACUGCAUGGAAAACAAGUGUUAUUAGUACUUUUAAAUUUCAACGACGUCUUCCUUGUCAAACUUGCGGUAAAAGUUUUGACAGGCCUUCUCUUUUGAAAAGGCACUUGCGAACACAUACAGGCGAAAAACCACAUGGUUGCGCGAUAUGUGGUAAAAUGUUUAGCACCAGCAGCUCGUUGAAUACUCACAUUAGGAUUCAUACUGGUGAACGUCCUCAUGAAUGUCCAAUGUGUGGAAAACGUUUCACAGCAUCAUCGAAUUUGUAUUAUCAUCGCAUGACACAUUAUAAGGAGAAACCACACAAAUGUAACGAAUGUGGACGAUCCUUCCCAACACCCGGAGAUUUAAGAGCUCAUAGAUAUUCUCAUACUGGUAAUUGGCCUUUACGUUGUUUUGUCUGCAACAGAGGAUUUUGCAAACUCGGCGCCUUGCAUCAUCAUAUGAAAUCACACGGUGAUCGUUCUUAUUACGGUACCUACAAUCAGAAGCUUCCGGUCGUUAAUAAUUUACGAAUUCAUGAGCGUUUACAGAAUUCGCAUGUGUUAAAGAAUAAUCCAACUGAUUAUACAGGUAUACAUGGCAUUUCAAAUGUAGAAAUUAUCAAAUUUGAAAGUAUCGGAGAUAAUUAUAUGCAAUUACCUGCAAUGUAUCCAUGGUCUUCUCUUUCUUGGAUGCCAUUACAAUUUCAAAAUUGAUUUCUCAUAUUUUCUGCGCUAAUAAAUAUAUCAA